CGGUUCGACCAGACCCGAUGUGAUCGAAGUAUAUGCAUGCUUGGUAUAAAAGCCUCCAAUAGGGUUCACAUUUUCCUGAGUUCUCUGUUCCUAAAUACUAACACAUCACUCUUCUUACCAGUCUUGUUGCAUACUUGCAUUGCAUCGUUAAACACGAGAGAUGAGCUCCCAAAUAUGCAGAUCAGCUACUAGGGCAGCAAGGUCUCUCCUUUCUUCAUCUAAGAACACUCGUUUCUUCUCCGAAGGGAGAGCCAUUGGUGCAGCAACAGUGGUGUAUGCGUCUGGAAAAGUCCCUCAGAAUGCAUCAAACUUUCGGCAAUCGAGGUCUGGCUUCGCCUCUAAGAGCUGGAUCACCGGUCUCCUCGCUCUUCCUACCGCAGCCUUCAUGCUCCAAGAUCAGGAAGUCCAUGCUGCUGAGAUGGAACGCACUUUCAUCGCUAUCAAACCUGAUGGAGUGCAGCGAGGACUGAUAUCAGAAAUUAUUACCCGGUUCGAACGCAAAGGAUUCAAGCUUGUUGGUCUCAAAAUCAUGGUUCCUUCAAAGGGCUUCGCGCAGCAACAUUACCACGGUGCAAAGGAAAGACCUUUCUUCAACGGCUUGUGCAACUUCCUUAGCUCAGGCCCUGUUGUUGCCAUGGUCUGGGAAGGCGAAGGAGUGAUAAGAUACGGACGUAAACUGAUUGGAGCCACUGAUCCUCAAAAAUCUGAACCUGGAACCAUCCGAGGUGAUCUUGCUGUUGUUGUUGGAAGGAACAUAAUCCAUGGAAGUGAUGGAGCAGAGACAGCUAAAGACGAGAUUAGUCUGUGGUUUAAGCCUGAAGAACUCGUUUCUUACACCAGCAAUGCUGAGAAGUGGAUCUACGGCCAGAACUAGAACUAAUCACCCUCUCUUUUUGAGCCGGUAGAUAAAAAAAAAACAAAAUGUCAUCAGAAAAAAAUAAUUACUGUCUGUUAAAUCAUAUGUAAAACAAUAAAAACGAUAAUCACCGUUUUACUGCGUUAAAUUAUGUUCGUUUAUGAACCAAUAAUAUUAUGCCACGUGGAGUUCCGAAACUCUCUGGUACGGACUUGAAAUCCGAUAAGCAAGGCGGUUAAUUUAAUUAAAUCGUGGAAUCCGCCGACCUCGUAUAAAACUCGUAAAAAUAUAACAGUAGCGGACGAGUUGACUCGGUAUCUGUUCAGGAAGAAGACUCUUAAGCUUCAUUCCGUCGUCUUCUUCGUCUCACUGAUUGCUUUCGCUUCUUGCUUUUACUUCAUAGACGAUGGAGACUGAGACACAACUUGUGGCUGAUCGCAUUGCUCUCAACGAAAAGAAAGUUGCCAUGGCCUUAGAUGAUCUCAUCAAGUUGUCAAAGAGAAACACCAAAGGGAACAAGGGCAGAAGUUCAAGGAGACCCAAGAACAAAAACCGAAACUUUAAUGGUGCUGCGAGAAAUGGUAAUUCCUCUAAAGAGAAGCAUUACGUGAACUCACUUUCUGGAGUUAGACAGGGUGCUGUUGAGAAGAGGAGGUCUAACUUCAAGGGAAAUCAGUUUCCUGUUGCAACCAACGUUGCUCGUAAAGCUGCUAAUGUUCCUCCACCCAGUGUCCGUAGAAGAGCUUCCAAUGCUGGAAGGACGACUAGUGCAAAUCAGUCAAGGUCUAGUCGCUGGAUCAUUCUCUGAGCUAUUUGUUAAUCUGGCGUGGUUAUAAUUUCUUCAAUUCUUUGUGCUUCGCGAAGCUUCUGUUCUAAGUCCCUUCCUGGUUGCUAGUUGGUCAUGAUAUUGAUGAUUGCAUGAGUGUGGUUCAGAGUAAUAAUCCAUUUAUGUAGAUGAGUUUAUGAUGGUACUUGGAGGAGUCGGUGAACAUUUUUAGUUGGGUAGAGGAUUUGAGGUAAAGAAGAACAACUGAAGAACCUUAAGUUUGGCUUCAACUUUUCUAGAGAGCAGAGUAUAGCCACUGGCUUAGGGUGUUUUGUCUCCAGACUGGUUUAGCCUUUGAUAUUCCCUCAGUUGUUAGGAUGUGGCUAGGUUGGGCAUGAAUUUCGGUUGCUUGAAGUUGGUGUUUAUUGUCAGAUUAACAAGUUGGACAGUCUGCUACCCUACUUGACCUUUGAUAUGACCUCAGUGGCUUCAUGAAACUCUUUUUUCAUUCAUACCAGUCUCCUAGGUGUUAUGUCUCAUCGUCUUCCUGCAUCCUGAAGAAUAUAGAUUUAGCUCGCUGGGGUUGUGACACUGAAUUGGGAGAUGUCAGUUACGGUGAAAAUUCAGAAGAUUUAGACUUCCGAAAGUUCAUCAAUAUACAUCUCAGUGUUACUUGGCUGCGUCAUCUCUGGGGCUUUAUGCUUUGUCUUUGAUAAGUUGAUUUGUCGGGACAUAGGUCAUCUCUAGGUGGGUUGAUCUGGAAAUACCUCAAGAGCUUGCACUUUUUCUGAGUAGUUACUUCGAAAUGGGAGUUGUGUUGAUGUCUGGGGAGCCUCUAAGACUGGGAAGUGAAGUGUUGCAUUGCUUAGUAUAAAAUGGAUAUGGCCAUGUGCUGCUUGGAUUUCGCCUUAGAUCCUUCUGUUGUAUCAGAUCAUUUUUAUCUGUUGGUGCCACUUGCCAGUUACCGGCUGUUACUUCAAGCUGUCGUGCUUCUUGCUCCACCAGUCCAGAGUAAAUCUAGAUUCACCACAAAGAGGCAUGAGAUGGAUCAGAAAGUAGAAAAUGGAGGAGGGAAAUGGAAGACACUAGACUCUCGGUUUGCAAUCAUGAAAGAGCAGAGGAAGAAUAGUACGUGCAACAAUGGCGUUGGACUGCAGGUUCCAAGGUUGCCACCAUGGGCUAGAGCCAGAAGAUUUUAGUUACUAAGCAAACCACAAAGCAUUUAUACGCGCUCCCUCCACUCUUAGAUUUUGUCUUUGGGAUUUAUAUUCUUGUUAAGCACACCAGAUAAUGCAGUUCCUUUGUGAAUCUAUGACUUGCGUACAUAUCUUUUCAAAAUGCAUCCAAGAUAUAAAUAAAUAUCGUUUGAAAUC